CGCAGCUGCGCCUGACACCAAAGGAGACAGUCAAUUGCAGUAGGAGGCUGGGUCCUGGUCUGGACUUUUACCGGUCACCUUCUUUUGCCCCCUAGGCAUUCUUAAGGUGUCAGCUUUUGCUGAGCAGUAUUCGACAUGGCGCCUGCUGCCGACGAAGAAUUGGGUCCUCCUCUGAACUACAACGAGGAUAACGACACCGAGUAUCCGGCGGACGCUGACGACAUGGGCCGAACGGAACCGCUGCUGAAGCUCCACGGCACGCAGGAGCACCCACGCAUGCUCUCGUCAUGGCGGGACAUGUUUGGGGAGGGCGACUCCCACACUUCCAAGGUUGCGGCGGGCAUCGUGGUGGGCGCUGUGAACGCCAUGGUGGCUACGCUGUUCUAUUUCCUUCUGGAGGGAUCCCUCUUCACCGUCUGGGAGUGGAUCCCUGAGCACAUAUGGGCGCCUCUUGUUGGGGACCACUUUUGGUUGCGACACGCUUACACGGUCCUGGUGCCAACAGUUCUCGGUCUCGGCGUGGGGCUCUCUCUGCUUUACGUCGGCUAUCCGGGCGACCUCCCGUUCAUGGUCUACUGCGUGCAUCACGGCGGGCAGAUCCCCCUCAAGCACUUUGUCCCCAUGCUAGUUUGCGCGAGCGUUUCGAUCACCGGAGGGGGGAGCCUAGGGCCGGAAGCGCCUAUUGUCCUCAUGUGUGGCUGUGUGGGCGGUUUGGUGGGUCAGUGGCUGGGCCACAAAGGCAAAAUGAUGCGCACGACGACGCUCAUGGGAAUGGCGUGCGGUUUCGCGGCCUUCUUCGGGGCGCCGCUUGGGGGCUCCAUGUUUGCGCUGGAGGUGCUUCACCGAGUCGGUAUGGAGUACUUCGAGAGCGCGACAUAUGCUGUGCUCGCGGGAACGCUGUGCUGCAUUAUGUACCAUUCACUGACGGGCAUGGCAAUGGGCAACAUUUGGAACUUCCCGACGGAUCUCGGUCAACCCAGCAUCCACAACCUCAUGGUCGGAGUCGCGCUCGGCUUCGUUGGAGCCGCCACGUCAUACGUCUUCCUCAAGGUGCACAAAGUGCUGGGCCACGUGUUCGAGUCGCUAAGACUGAAGAAGCACCAACUGAUCAUGUCAACGGUGGCCGGUUUCUUGCUGGGAGUACUUGCGCUUGUCGUGCCGCACUCCUUCUUCUGGGGCGAGUUUGAGAUCCAGUCAAUCAUCGAUCGCGGCGGGGGGCUGCUUCCGCACAUUUGGCCCAAGGACCAGGCCAUAGCGUAUGACCUGGGAAAGCCGGGGCCAAACCUUAUGGUGGCGCUCGUGAAGAUGGCUGCCAUCUCGGUUACCAUCCACGGCGGGUUUAGGGGCGGGUUUAUCUUCCCGUUCUUCCUGACCGGCAGCGCGGUCGGUCAGGCAAUCCACUUGGCGAUCCCCAGCCUGCAUCCCGUCGUUUGCAUGAUGGGGGUUGCCUCCGCUCUAGACGUCGCUAUCACGCGAACCCCCUGGGCCAGCGCGCUCAUCCUUGCCUGCCUCUCUGGCCAGCCGAACGUGCUCCAGCCCGCCGUCACGGCCGCGCUGACCAGCCUGGUGCUGACGUAUUCGUCCAAGUUCCAGCUCAUCAAGACGCAGCAGACGCGCCGGUUCUCGGAACCGGAGCCGGAGGACGAGUGGCCGCCGUACGAUCCGGCCCACGGGGAAUAAAUGAGCGGAACGAGCGGACUGAGGGGAACGAGAGGAAUAAAGCGAGAGCAGAUUGUACGUGGACUUCAAGGGAGACUGGGGAGCGAACCUGAGGGUAGCGGGGCUUGCCAGGAAGCGCUCAGCUAAGACGAUGCCGUUAGGUGCCUAUCCGAGGAGAGGUGCUUUUCACGGGAUGACAAGCGCAUUGCUGGGAGUAGCGGGUUCAAAAUGGAUGCAGACGCAACGAAGCGUUCCGCAUGGCAGAUUCCGUUUGCUUAGUUGAAAGGGCCUUAGCACGCGGACUGGCGAGUGCUCUUGAUCCAUGUCGAUAGUUCGAAAGCAAGUUGUAAAGAAGCACGGGGACUCCACUUCUAGCAAGGUGGUCGUUAUUGGACGAACGAGUCCGAUAAGCACUUCGCAAGCUAGCCUUCUCAGCCGAAAUUCAAACUUCAUAGGCGAGGCCGGUAUGGAAUCAGGCAGCAAGUGGCCGGUUUGCGGAAGGUUCAAUUGGACGGUCGGAUCCAGAAAGCCCAUUAUGUAAAGCUUAUAAUUGUAUUUAGCUAUAGAUAAUAGGAGAGUACGACGCCACUAGUGGGUGAUUGUACGUAAAACCUAGUCAUGGGUUGCAUCGGGUAAGAUUCAUAAGGCCCCGAUUAGGUACGGUAAUCAGAUUAUGAUGUCGUAAGCUGACGAUCGAUCAGAGUAGAUCCAUAUUUAAAUUGGCCCAAGUAGCUCAUCACCUUGAUAGUACAGCAUGCUGCAGACGUUGAUAAUAAUAAUAAUCGAGACCAUUAGCAUACGAUAAAAUUAAUACCAGGUCUCAGGUUCAAGCGUAUAAGCAGCCGACCUCUAGGAUAGUGAUUCGUUCAGAUCGAACAUCUACGUACAGCUAUAGCUCAAGCCUGGUACCGUACGGUACCGUCGUCGAGCGAUUGAAGAAAAGCUCCAGAGAUGUUUGUUUCUUGCAGAUCGCGUUUUA